CAUGUGGAGUGGGAGGUGCCCGAGCGAGGCGAACAACACCACUGCUGUCCGAAUUUAACAAUUAACCUUGAUGAGCGCAGAUUGGUUUCACUUAACAGGCGCAGGUGCGUAGGAUUUGCGGCGCAACUGAGCGAUUUCGGGUUUGUUGCUGGACACUGACGCAUCUUAUGCUAAACAGAAACUCCACCACGGAUGAAGAAUAGUGCAGCUGAUAGGCUAUAUGGGGAUGCAUGUUGGGACAGGAUGCAUGCUGCAAUUAAAUCCCGUCCAAUACUCAUCAUCUGGCUGAAUCCGAAUUCAGGAGCGUCGCUGAAUUAAUUUGGACACCUAUAUCGGAAUUUGACCGCCGUGUCAUUGCCCGCUGUUCACACAGUCCCGGCAGCUGAAAGGCAUCUUCUCAGCGGCGGAGACGAUAAAGGGGGGGAAAGUGUCCGCUUCACUACUCCAUCUGCGCACUGGACGGCUUGAAAUGAGGACCACAUCCCGGCUGUGCUCCGUGUAAAGAGGCAAGCGGGGCGGCAGUUUCUACGGCUCUCAAGGACGCAAAAAAGUGGCCGCCGGCCCAGCAAGCUGCAAAGCAUGGAGCGGGACGACAAUGACACAGUGAGCCCGUCCAAAAAGACAAUAAUUGCGAAGAUAUUUAAAGUUCGCAAAAGGAGGGAGAUGCUGUUCGUCCAGGUGUGCUUUAUCUGCAGUGUUCUCUUCGUGGCAUGGAGCAUGUCGGCGCUGUUAACCAAGACAGGGCAUGGGAUGAUUGUGGAGGGACAUCCAGACCUUGACCACUGGGGAAGACGGCUAUUGGCUUCAGUAUCAGAAAAUGAAACGGAGCCAAAGAACUGCUCAGAGCCAGCAAUACAUGAGUUCCCUGAUGACCUUUUCACCAAUGAUGAAAGGAAGAGUGGAGCCGUUAUGCUGCACAUUGUGGCGACUCUCUACAUGUUCCUGGCUCUUGCCAUAACAUGCGAUGAAUACUUUGUGACAUCGCUGGAGAAAAUCUGUGAGAAACUAGAUCUGAGUGAAGAUGUUGCAGGAGCCACUUUCAUGGCAGCUGGCAGUUCUGCACCAGAGCUUUUUGCUUCUGUCAUUGGUGUCUUCAUCACCCACGGUGACGUGGGGGUGGGGACCAUCGUUGGCUCAGCAGUCUUCAACAUCCUAUGCAUCAUUGGUGUCUGUGGCAUCUUUGCAGGACAGGUAGUGAUGCUGACCUGGUGGGCUGUUUUCAGGGAUUCCUUCUACUACAUCCUGUCUGUUGUGGCUCUGAUUGCAUUCAUCUAUGAUGAUAAAAUAGUCUGGUGGGAGAGUUUAGUGCUGGUUGUCAUGUAUGCAGGAUACAUCCUCGUCAUGAAAUUCAACUCCAGCAUGCAGAAGUUUUUCACAGGGAAGGCUAAGAAAAAUGUGGCCAACGGUAAUGCGGCAGGCAGCAGUGAGAUGGAGGACGUCAAGCCAAGCAAAGCUUACAGCCGCGGCUCUGUGGUGAUGGUGGAUGAGAUGAUGAAUGAAAGCCCAUCAAAGUUCAGGUUUCCAGAGGCAGGCCUCCGUGUGAUGGUUACCAGCCACUUUGGACCCAAGACCCGCCUGCGCAUGGCUAGUCGCCUAAUCAUUACAGAGCGCCAGAAGUUGGUGCAAGCAUCCAAUGGGGUGGAGACACAAGUGAUUGAUGGGAAAGUUGAAAUUGAGAACGGAAACGUACCAGAAGACAAACCCACCGAGGCGGAGGAAAAUGACACCAUCUCACCGUUUCAUAUUCCAAGGGGUAUUGGCAGCAAGCUGAAGUGGCUGCUCUCAUGGCCUCUGCUCCUGCUGCUCUACUUGACCGUCCCAAACUGUGCCAAGCCUCGUUGGGAGAAAUACUUUAUGCUCUCUUUUGUCCUGUCUACUGUUUGGAUUGCAGUCUUCUCCUAUCUGAUGGUCUGGAUGGUAACUAUAAUUGGCUACACUUUGGGAAUCCCAGAUGUCAUCAUGGGCAUCACAUUUCUGGCUGCAGGCACAAGCGUUCCAGACUGCAUAGCCAGUCUCAUUGUGGCUCGGCAAGGUCUGGGUGACAUGGCAGUGUCCAACACUAUUGGUAGCAAUGUAUUUGAUAUUCUAGUGGGACUUGGGGUUCCAUGGGCAAUACAGACCAUGUGUGUCAGCUACGGAUCAGUGGUGAUGAUUAACAGUCGGGGGUUGGUGUACUCAGUGGUGCUUCUGCUGGGCUCUGUGGCAUUAACGGUGUUGGGGAUCCAUCUGAACAAGUGGCGGUUGGAUUUCAAGCUGGGCAUGUACGUCAUCAUCCUGUAUGCCGUUUUCCUCUGUUUCUCCAUCAUGAUAGAAUACAACGUCUUCACUUUUGUCAACCUGCCCAUGUGCAUGGAGGAGUAAAGCACAGCAGUAUGCUUCAAAUACCAAAACCUCAAUGUUCCUGUAGUCCUUUUUUUUUUUUUUUUUUUUUUUUUUUUUUCCCCCUCUAAUAAUACUGGACCUAUGUGCUGACUUUUUUUUUCCUGCUUUGACUCUUUCUUUGAAAUCCUCUAGUUUGAUAAAAGAAUCUAAUUUCUGUACGAGGCAGCGCACUGUAAGAAUGGACUCGAAUAUAGCUCGAAAUUGUCCCCUUGUCACACAGUGCCAGUCCUUUCUUUUUUUUUCUAUUUUUUUAAUGCCCAUUAUUUCAGGCGAUGCGUGUUUCUGCAGUAAUUUUUCUUUAGUUUCUCUGUGCGCCUGCAAACUUUCUACCCAUCCAGCAUGCCUUUAGAUGUUGGGGACCUUCAGAAUCAUAAGUGCCCCUGUUGAUUGUCGGUGUGUUUUUUCACUGUUCACGUUGUAGAUUUCCACACCAUUUCUAAAGCUUUUCCACAAACCAAAUCAGUAUAUCAAGGAAAAAAAAUCUAACCACAAAUCCUGACUCUAAUCAAAGCCCUUGCAUACUGUAGUGAGAACUCUCCUGAAAGUCAUUCCUAAAAGAUUUACUGAGUUACCACAGUGUCCUAAGCAACCCCUUGUAGGUGGGGUCUUGUCCUUGGCAGCUCCCCUUCUCCAGCUUGGACCUGCAUCCCCUGGCAUGGCCUUUGGCAUCAGGGAGCAGACACUGUUAGUGCUUCACUCACCCUGUGUGACUCUGACCCUCAACUGCUUGAUUGAAUCUGCUCUGUUUUCUUAAAGACCUUUUUUGUUGGGACACUUUGUGUCUAGAUGUAUCACAGUCCAAAUCAGGUGACUGUGAGGGUGUUAUGCAUCUGCACCAGUGCACAAUGUAAAUUUGUAAACACUUUUUUUUGUAUUUAUUUUUUUUCAAAACAAGGUUUUGUCUAGUUUGAAAAAAUGGAGAGCUUGUUGCAAAUAUCAGACAUUGCUCGUUUCUCACUGAAACAAAUUGCACAUGAAAAUGCUUUUCUUGCUUCCGUUAGAUUUGAACCUCUCAGAGGUCUGUCUGGAGCUGGUAACAACUCCACUUUGUCAUGAUUUUCCAUUUGGCAUUGGGUUGUUCCUCUUUUUCCUCUGCACAAGUACAGACAACACAAAACAAAAAAAAAAAAAAAAAAAAAAAACUGGCUCCACAUCUGUCAGAUGCAAGUAACCAUCAUCAGAUGACUUUCUCAUUUAAAGAUGGCAGCAGCUUGAAGGUAUAGCAAAUGCAAAGAAACUAGAUGGUUCUUGACACUGUCUGCUGUAACACUCUCUGGCCAGUAGGGGCUACUGCAGCCCCUCUACCAGUGCAGGGGUGGCAAUCACAACCGUCGGUUAUCAGGGAAUCUUGGAGAUGAACAACUCCAGGAGGUGGAGAUGGUGAUGGUGUAUUGAUUUUUGAGUUACAUGUAGAUAUUGCACUUUAACAGCCGUCCUGUCAUUCUGAAUCAACUAGUGCUUCCUUCUGUGUGUGUGUACUUUCAGUGUACAUGUCAGCGUGAUGGUAUGUGUGUGCAAGAGAACACUGCGUGCAUGUGUGUGCUUGGUUUGGGCCCAACUACGUUUCUUACACAGGCCUCUGGAUUCUCAAAACGGACUGGAACCUCAUUGACAACGUGAGCACACCCGUCUCUGUCUGCAGUGCAUGCUGGGACUUUAAACACAGCUCCUCUACAGCACAGUGAAAACGCUGAGGGCUUCCGGGUGUCUCCAUGGAAACUGCCUGGCCCACUUUACAAAAAUCGGCAGCUAAGAGCACUGCAAUCCAGACUUUGACAUCAUGCAAAAACCCUGGUGAGAAGUCAACAAAACAGGUGCAGAGACUAAAACCACCGCGUGAGUGUGUGUGUGCGUGUGUGGGGAGUGUUUAAGUGUUGAAAAUAUUCCCCUGCCAGUUCAUUGGUGGAGGGUACUUGUAUAUGCAAUCUAAAUGUAAAGAAUUUAUGUAACAAAAGGCCCCUGCAAGGUUGCCAUAUAAGACGGGGCAUCCCGUGGAGAUGUGACGUCAGUUUGUCUAGUAGUACUUAAUGUGUGAGCUCACAGGUGUGUGACAGCCGAGGAACUGAGCGUAAAACAUGGACACGACUGGAGCAGUGGCUCUGUGGGAAGUCUCUUCCCUCUAUAAAUAUUCCUUUCCUAUUUUUUUUUUGGUCUUUCUCCACUCUUGCACAAGGGCAUUAACUUUCACCAACCCUAGCUGAAAGAGCAGAGGGAAAACUAGAUGAAUGAGUGGAUGACUUUUCUCAGCUUCCCUCAGGACUGGGUGACCUGGGUGAGGGCCCACCCUCUAAGGAAUUUACAAAUCCUUGGACCUCCUCAGGGUGCUACCUUACCUGGUUUUAAACUGAUUUUUAAUGGAUCGAGGCAACCACACAGGGCCUACAGACUCCUUAAACCUCUUCAAAACGUUCACUCAGACUUACCAAGCUUAAUUUCCUUUUUUUUUCGGUGGGGGGUAAUAUGCUUUCUGGGAAGAAAGCAUGUCAGUACUGUACUUUAGUUGAUUCAGAAUGUGCAGUAUUUUUUUUUUUUUUUUUUUGCUUUCUAUGUGGUCCUGUCCCAGUUUGUGCACAGCAGAGGUUCAAACACUGCCCUUCUCUUUGUCCUUGUCUUGACGCACAGUGUACAUCCUCACCGGUUGUCUGGCUCGCGACUUUGCUACCAAGUCAGUUCUUUUUUGGUUGAGGAAGGAACCUGGGGUUGAACUGAGACGUCAUUCUUGUCAUAGCUCUGCAUAAGUCCAAAUUGUAUGGGCAUCCUGUAAACAAGCGUACACACUUACACAUUAGAAAUGGAACCUAAACACAAGAGGACCAGUAUGUUUUGACUGAAUGCGACCUGAUGCACUGUGAGCUCAAUGUGAUGUGGGAGUUGUUUGUCAAGAAUAAUGAUUAAAAUAUAUUUAAUGUAAAGUUAUUAAAACAUUAUUGAGGACAUCUGUAUAACUUAUAUGAAUGUAUUGUCUUGCUAUACUGGACAUAUCCAACCAAUGCAUUUUACUGUAAAGCAAUAAUGUGAAGAAAAAAAAAAUAAAAUGGAAAAAAUUACUCCUGUA